AGCAGUUACCCGCGGGAGAGGAGGGAGACGGGCUGCACGGGGAGGAGAGCCAGGAGGAGCUGGCGGCGGAGAGGGGCCUGGAAGUGGUGAGCACCCCGCUGAGCGGCAGGUGCCCUGUUGCCGCGCCGCUCCCUCUAGCGCACGGCCCGGGCUCUGCACCGCUCGCCUGUCUGCCGGGGACCAGGCGGAGCCGCAGGAGCAGCUGCCCGCGAGCAGGAAGCAAGCCCGGGGAAAGCCGCAGCCGCAGCCUCGGGGCCCCCCCUUGUCAUGGAGCGGAAGGUAGCCCGGGAGUUCAGGCACAAGGUUGACUUGCUUAUUGACAAUGAAGCAGAGAAGGAUUACCUUUAUGAUGUGCUACAGAUGUACCACCAAUCCAUGAAUCUCCCAGUACUGGUAGGGGACCUAAAGUUUGUGAUUAAUGAACCAAGUAGAUUGCCGCUGUUUGACGCCAUCCGUCCCCUUAUCCCAUUAAAACAUCAGGUGGAAUAUGAUCAGCUGACACCUAAACGAUCAAGAAAGCUGAAGGAAGUGAGACUGGAUCGUUUGCAUCCUGAAGGGCUUGGAAUAAGUGUGCGAGGAGGACUGGAAUUUACUUGUGGCCUCUUUAUCUCCCAGCUAAUUAAAGGUGGACAAGCAGACAGUGUUGGGCUUCAGAUUGGAGAUGAGAUAGUUCGGAUAAAUGGAUACUCCAUCUCUUCAUGCACUCACGAGGAAGUAAUAAAUCUCAUCCGCACAAAGAAAAUAGUGUCCUUAAAAGUAAGACAUGUCGGCAUGAUACCUGUCAAAAGCUCUCCAGAUGAGCCUCUUAAGUGGCAAUUUGUGGAUCAGUUUGUGUCAGAUUCUGGGGAGGGAAAAGGCAGUGUUGCUGGACUCGCUUCAUCUGGAGGAAGGGACAAUAAAGAGAAGAAAGUCUUCAUUAGUUUGAUUGGUUCAAGGGGCAUGGGAUGCAGCAUUUCCAGUGGUCCAACACAAAAACCAGGCAUUUUUAUCAGCAAUAUUAAACCAGGUUCUCUUUCUGCUGAGGUGGGGCUGGAGAUUGGUGAUCAGAUUGUUGAAGUAAAUGGAGUGGAUUUCUCUAAUGUGGACCACAAAGAGGCUGUGAGAGUGUUAAAAAGCAGUCGAACCCUAACUAUCUCCAUUGUAUCAGGAGCCGGGAGAGAGCUAUUCAUGACUGAGGACGAGAGGCAGCGAGAGGCGAGUCUUCGUGAACAGGAGCGCCAGGAGUUAAUGCAUCAGAAACGGCUUGCAUUAGAGACUAACAAACUCCUCAAAGAGCAGCAAGAGAAAGAGAGACAAAGGAAACUGGAAAUUUCUCAAAAGGCUGCAGAAGAAGAAGAAAGAUACCGAAAAGAAAUUGAACAGAUAACAGCAGAGGAAGAGAAAUUUAAAAAGGAAUGGGAAGAAGAUUGGAGGCCUAAAGAGCCACCUAAGCCUGUAAAAACUGUAACUGCAGACGUCCAUCCAGCCCCUACUCCUAAACACAGAAAUUUAAAGGGAGUUGCGCAUGACCAACUUGCAGCAGAUGACAUGGAUGGAGUCAUCACGAAGCAGAACAAACAGGGCUUCCAGAAGUACGUGGAAGAUUUUGACCCCUACACAAUGUUUUCAGCAGAUCAGAUCAUGGGAAAAGAUGUGCGGCUGUUACGUAUUAAAAAGGAAGGACCAUUAGAUCUUGCAGUAGAGGGAGGCAUUGAUUCCCCAGUUGGAAAAAUAGUAGUGUCUGCUAUCUAUGAGGGUGGUGCCGCAGACAAACAUGGAGGCAUAGUGAAAGGGGAUGAAAUAAUGGCUGUGAAUGGCAAGAUUUUGGUUGAUGUGACAUUGACAGAAGCCCAGACAACUCUAGCCAAAGCCUGGAAUGUGGGUGGGGAUUGGAUUGACUUAGUCAUUGCAGUGUCUCCUCCAAAGGAAUAUGAUGAUGAAAUGACAUUUUUUUAAAGUAAAGAAGGUAAAGUUGAAGAAACUAAGUCUGUGCCGUGAAGAAAGCUGCUGAUUCAUAAAGAUCAUAUCAAUAGCAUUGCAAAAUCUACUUUUAUAUGAGAGAAAUAUGAUUUUGACUGUACUGAGAAUUCAGUUGGACUAGAGAGAAACCUCAUAUUUAGACUCUUUGGGCAACUUAUGUAAUUUCAAGAUCGUCCCAUAGAUCCAGAGCAACAUGUGCUUAUAGGAGAAAGAUAAUUCCUGAGAAAUGUUGCCAAUGCAAAAUAGUUUAUUCUAUAAAAUCUAUUUUUCUAUAAGGUUUAGGGGACAAAUUUUGAAAACCAGCCUCCAAAAGUGCACCUGCAGUUUGCCUAGAAAUGGACAUCAAUAUGCACAACUGAGGAGUUGAAAAUCAUAUACUUUCUCACUAGCAGUUUCAUAAGUCAGCUUGGAGGGGAAUGUCUGGCAUAUUUACCCUACAUAUUGUAUUUUUCUAUUGAGGUCUGAGGGAUCAGUGUUUGUAACUCCUGUUAACAUGAAUAGAUAUUAUCCUUGUAAAUCAAUCAAAGCCCAGUUCUGCCUCCCUUCUGCACAACGGUGAAUUUCACUUAGUGUGUGUAAGACCUAGACCAGUGGUGGGCGAACUGUGACCACUGGGAGCUGCGGGCAACCAUGCAAAUGUAAACAAAAUGGUGGCCCGCCAGUGGAUUACCCGGACGGGCUGUGUGCAGGCCGCAGGUUGCACACCACUGACCUAGACUGAUUUUGAACACUUGCGGGGGCUUAAAUGGUGCAAAGGAUUUAUGCUGAUUCUCUGUACAGAGGUGAGUUUCAUCCAUUGCGUAAUAUCUUAGUCAGCAAGGAUUCCCAUUGAUGUCAAUGCACUUGUUCAGAGUGAGGUAUGACUCAGCCUGAAUAUUGGUAGCAAAUCAGGCCCUCAGGUAUCACUGGGUGAAGAGAUCCAGUUAAGUAUACCCUUACUCGUUUGAUUAAUACUCAAUGAGACUAUUAAUAUUAAGGCUAAAAGAUCACACCCAAAAUAUAACCUUAUAUUAUCAAUGACUCAGUAUCUUACAGUUAACGAAUAUCCUUCAGAUUAUAAUAACUAAUCUGAUUUUAAAAGAAAUUGUCUGAUAAAAUUGUACUUUUUAGAACUUGUUCUGAAUCUCUUUUAAAGCCAUUGAACAAUUCUUGCAGUUAAAGUUCAUCUUGCCUUCCUUAGAUUACCCUAAAUAACAACAUGUGCAGAGAUCUAAGCAGUUUUUAAUUUCACAGACAUUUUAACAACUAGAAAAUCAAGAUGAAACUAACAGAUUUUAUUUCUCAAUCAAAUACUUUCUUAAAUAAGUGCAAAAUCUUGUCAUAUUCAACACCCUGUAGAUGUUGUUAACACAGAGGGCCUGAUCCUUGGAAGGAUAAAUUGGUUUAGCUUUCUUACAGAAUCAGACCUUAUAUCAUCUAAUAUUCCAUUACGUCAGAUUUCAAAAGACACCUAACAUGAAGACAUUACGUAUAUUCCUAUCUGUAUAUUGCAUUUCAUGUUGUCUUUAGGUUUUUCCUUUCUAAUUUACUGAGAGCUGAAGCCCAUAGUUCAUACACACUAGGAAUGUUAUCUGCUCAAGGCAUAUGGGAUUGGGCCCUAAAUGUAUAACAUGACAAAAUAAGAAAGUAUUAAUUCCAAGUUGAAUCAUAAUGGCAUACCACUAUGUGCACUGAUAUCUUUAUGUGUGAGCUGAUCCCUUUGGUUUCAAAUGCAGUAAUCUAUCAAUAAACCAGUUUAUGUAUCUUGGUAGGAUACAUGUUAAACUUUUUAAAUCACUCUCUUACAAAUAAAUAGCACAAGAAUAAAAUUGUUCAUGCCAAA